ACUGCUGCCCAAAAGCAAGCUCCGGAGAACUUCAAUAACCUCCAGGAAAGCUCUGAGGUUAGGGAGAGUAGCGCAGCCAAAGAAGACAUGAGGAGUCUGCUGGCACUGCUGAUCGUGACUCUGGCCCUGGCAGCACUCUGCUGUUGUGAGAAAGAUCCCAAAGAACCCUCCGCAUCUCUCAGCGCUGACAGCAUCAAGAUUAAAAAAGAAGUUGCCAAUGCCUUUGUGAAGAGGAAGAAGAGAUCCAGCCCUUACGAAUGGUACUUCGAGUAUUAUAAAAGUCCAAUGGAGCAGAUGCAUGAGCGCUGUGAAAAUUACCCGCCCUGUGACUAUCUCUCUGACCAAGUGGGAUUUGCCUUGGCCUACAACCGCUUCUUUGGGAGAUACUGAGGAUGGGAAGGUCUCUCCAUUCGUUUGGCUUGGAACACUCCGAACCCCACAGGAGAAGGAAGGUUGUGGUUGGGAAGGAAGGAAGGAAAGCACCUGGACCAGCAUCUUCUUCUGUAGUCUCCCUAACCAGCUGGAACACCAAGGCAGGGAUUAUCCCACUUGUUGAGCUUCCAUUAACUUUCUUCCUUUCAUCAAUAAAGUCUCUAUUCAGACAUCUUUUGUGGUAUUUUGAGCUUCACCAGGAGACUCUGUCUUACUUCCUUCCACCUGAAUCCCCCACACACAAUAGGUGAAAAAUGGUGAUUACUUUCAAGAUAACCACUGCAUGCCUUAGAAACAUCACUAGACCUCCUACCCUCUUCUGCAAAAUACAGGAAGAUUAUGGAAGAAGAAUGUCACAAUGUGACGGAUCUGAUCCUGGAAUGCUCACUAUGAAGAAAGAAGAACACCUGUUCCAAUUAGUGGGAAAGUUCAGUAUUUUUAUGUAGUAUAAUCACAUUAAAUAUGCAUUGCAGUAGGAUAAUUUUAUAAAGAUAGAAGUGUGCAAAUACUCUUGCAUAGAUAGCAAUCAGCUUCUGGUACACUCUUCUGAUUACUCUGUCAUAAACUUUGCCUGUAUAGUAACAAUAAAUAAAUCCCAAAUGGUGUGUUUAAGGAGUCCUUUUAGAUGAGCCCUUGCAUUUGUGUGUUGCUUUUCAUGUCUGUAAAAAAUGGCCUUGAAUUCUUUUGGUUUUUGGUUUUGCUUUUUUUUUUUCCAACCAGUUUCUAGUGAAACUAAAAAUACCCAGCAGAACAGAAAAAAAAA